UGAGAGCGUUUCUCCACCUCUUUUCCCCAAAAUUCUCACCACCACCAUCUUCUUCUUCUGGAAAUCCAGGCGACCAAAAUUGAAAUUCGAAAUUCUAAACAUGAUUCCACAACAAUGGACACCCCCAUGCGGCAAUCAAUGCACGAACAAAUACGCUGCUUUGAUGCAGAUUCCUUGGAGGGUAUUCUGUAAGAAAGGGUGUAAUGCUGAUGGUGAUACAUGGGAGGAAUGCUUGAGCGAGUGUGAUGAGAUAUGCUACAAAGACCCAGUUUUAAAAGAUCAGCAGUGGAGUGCUUACAUUGAUAGGUCUCCUGGUUCUGCGAGCUAUUCACAGGAUUGCUUUCAUGCUUGUGUCUCCGGCUGUGGCUAUAAGUUUGAUAUUCCACCAGAAAAAGUAACCGAAAUUCAUCCAAAUAGGCCAUUACCACCGCCACCUGCCGCUAAAAGUGACCCAGCAGUAGACAGAUCCAAAAAAGUCUCUGAAGACGUACCCUGCACAUCAGCAUAAACAGCAGCAGUAGAAUUUUUAUUUUAUUAUACAGGUAAAAUGACUUUUUGACAUCCUUACCUGAAAUCGUAAGAAACUGGAGAAAAUGUUAUCAAUUUUUGCUUUCGCUUAGCGUCUUUUGAUACCAAGUAUAUUGGCAAUGAGCGAUGAUGAUCUAUUGGCAUUUUGGCAAUUCAUUUUACAAUUUUAAGUUGUUUAUUGUGUUGCCUUUUUAUUCUGUUUGUAAUGUAAUUGUAAUGCAUGGUGAGAAUUAACUUUC